AUGGGUGAAAGCAGAAAACAACGUAUUGCAACUGAUAAUAUAAUCGAUGCUGUUAGAUAUGUUAAUGGAAACAUAAAUAGAACUCUGAUGGGGGAUGAUCUCUUUAGGGCCAUAAUAAGAGAUGGUGGAGGGUCAAGCUUUACAGUGAUCACUGCAUGGCAAGUUAAGCUUGUACCUUUUCCCCCAAAAGUGACAAUUUUCAGUGUCCCAAGAACACUCGAUCAAGGUGCAAGUAACCUUUUCCAAAAAUUUCAAACUAUGGCUCACAAACUUCCUAGCGAACUUUUUCAACACUCAGUUAUGGGAGUUACCACUUCAUCUUCUAAUGGUGGAAAAACUCUUGUGGCUGAGUUAGGUUUUCAGCCCGACAACUUUACCGAGAUGAGUUGGAUUCAAUCUGUUCUUUGUUUUUCAACCAAUGGACCCUUGGAUUUGUUGCUUCAGAGAAACCAAAGAUUCAGAAGCGUCAAAGCAAAAUCAGACUAUGUUACAGAACCUAUUCCUGUGCCAGGUUUGGAAGGGGGGUUGUGGGACAUAUUGCUUGAAGAGAACCCGAUCAACACACCGAUGACACCAUAUGGAGGGAGAAUGGAUGAGAUUUCAGGAUCAGAAACACAAGCACAUGGAUUGGAUGAGAAGGCUCUAUGCAUACAUGGCUCCUUAUUUAUGUUGCAUCUUGUCCAGGAGCUGCAUAUUUGA